AGGAGCCAGGAGCCCCAGUCCUUGCUCCUCCUUCACCGCCUCUCCUCACCUGCUUCAUGAGAGCUCAGGUGUGUGUGCUGGUGGCCUUGGCAGCCCUGGCGGCCGCUGCCCCGCUCUCUGCACCGGACACCAGUGGACACCUGUCCCAGACUCACCUGUUCCGACUCCUCAGAGCCGCCCGCGACGACAGCCGGUCCGCCGAAGACUGGUCCAACAGUCUCGAUGACGACCACAACAGUCACCAGUUAGCUGGAGGCGACAGCGACGAGGGUGACGACGACGACGACGACCGUCAUCAUCACUUCUGGAUCCCCAGAGACGAGGAAGAUCGCGGCGAAGAUGCCGGCGGCGCCGCCUUCGUCUCGCGGGAUAAAAAUGGGGAAUCCGGUAAGCAGGAAGCUGAGGAAGACGAUAAUGGUGAAGAGAACGGCAAGGGAGAGGAGAGAAAUGGUGAUAAAGAAGAGAGAAAUGGUGAUAAAGAUGAAGAUUGAAGAUGUAUAGGUAGUUAAGCAAGCCAGGAAGGAAGAGAGAAAGAGAGAGAGCACAAUGCAAGGCUUGAAUAGGGGGGCCUUGACCUAUCACCCCAUCACCCCUCACUCACCCUGCUGCCUCAGUCCUUCACCCUAAAUCCUGCUGACUCGGUUCCCUCAUUCAUGCCUCCCCCCCCCCUCAUUCAGCAGACCUCAUUCUCCUCCUCCUCCUCCUCUCAGGAGUCAUCAUGAUGCUCAUCUUGGCGCAAGCAGGAAGAAUUUUUUGUCUUAUUGUCCUUCCUUCGCAAUACCCCCUUUCUUUCUCUGUUUCACUCUCCCCUCUGUCUGUCUGUCUCUCUCUCCCCUCUCUGUCUCACUCUCUCUCUCCCUCUCUCUCCUCUCUCUCACCACCUCCCCCUAAACAUGAUAAAUUCAAUAACUUCUGAUUUUCCUUAAUAGAUGCAUUCCCUCAAUUAUUAUUAAGACAUAAUUAUGUAAUAAAUAUUAAAGACAAGA